AUGGAUGCACGUAAUAAUGAGAUCCUUUGGUCAACGAACGUCUCAAACAUCGCAUCCCCCAACACCACAAGUGCUCAGCUUCUCACCACCGGAAACCUUGUGUUGCAAGAUAACGCCACAGGGACGAUACUGUGGCAGAGUUUCCAACACCCCACAGACACGUUCCUGCAGAGCAUGAAGAUUAGCGCCAACAGGAUCUCCGGCAAGAAAGUAAAACUAACCUCGUGGAGAACUCCUCAUGAUCCAUCUACUGGAGACUUCUCUGUGAGCCUUGAACGCCUUAGUAUCCCUGAAGCGUUCAUCUGGAGAGGGAAGAGUCAACCUCACUGGCGAAGUGGCCCAUGGAACGGUCAAAUAUUUCUUGGGAUACCCGAGAUGACCGCAAAUUUGAUGUUCGCGUUGGGUGCUGAGGGAAACUUAAAUGAGUACUACUGGGAUUAUUCAAAGAAGCAAUGGUCCAUGAUGUUGUCUGCUAUCAACACUGAGUGCGGUGUUUAUGGCAAGUGUGGAUGUGGAGUAUUUGCAAGUUGCGACCCUAAAACUUCACCUAUCUGCACUUGUUUGAGAGGGUAUGUUCCAAGGAAUGUAGAGGAGUGGAACAAACAAAACUGGAGCAGCGGCUGUGUUAGGAAGACACCUGUGCAGUGUGAGAGUGAGAAAGUCAUAAAAAAUAAUAGUAGUGUUGAAUCGGUAGCAGUAGAAGAUGGGUUUGUGAAGCUUCAGAAUACCAAGGUUCCAGACUAUGCUGAGUGGUUGUCUUCCAUUGACUUUGACUGCAGAACUGCGUGUUUGGGAAACUGCUCUUGCAAAGCGUAUGCUUAUGAUGUUGGAAUUGGUUGUAUGCUGUGGAGUGGAAACUUGAUUGACAUACAGAGAUUCUCAAUGGGAGGAACCGAUCUUUAUAUACGUGUUCCCUCUUCUGAGCUUGAGCAAGUAGAUGGAGCCACCAAGCAUACUUCACUCAACGUAGAAAAUAACUUACAACCAGUGAAAGUCCUUUUGAGAAUGUCAGAUAAGAGUAUAGCACUGGAACAUGAAGAACCAGAGCCCAAUACCUUUGUUCUUCCUCCAAGAAGAAAUAGAGGGAUGCCUUCUGAUCGGUACUCACUAGAACAUAUUUUCCGUAACUCAAGAUACCCGAUAAGGGUGGCUAGAGAAGGAAUAGAAAUUGUUGCAAAGGCUUUUUCUACCACACUCUUGACAAAAGACAUUCCAAGAACUGUCCUGGAAGCCAAUGAGAAAGCUGAAUGGCGAAAAGCCAUGAAUACAGAAAUGAAAGCUCUAGAGAAGAACGGAACUUGGGAGAAGUGUAUCCUAUACCGAUAG